AUGGGAUGCAUUCGGAGCAAACCGAUUCAUCGUCAGGAUGAAAGCGAGGAUGAGUACGUCUUCGAUAGCCUUGAUGAAUCUCCAUCUACUGGAUGCAAGCUGAGCAUCGUCGAAAGUAAAUCCACUGAAAACUCCUCUGACGUCAGGGGCCUACCAGAGAAAUUGGAUAUCGGGAAUGAUUAUCAUGUUGCGAUCACCCAACGAAUCGUUUCCACCUCAAACGACAACGAUGAGGAAUCUUCUGAUGAUGUCAUGACAGAGAGAGUACAACUCAUCAAGGAUAUUGCAGACCUUCAGAUGGCUGAGUUGAGAUUGGCCAAGAAGAGGUUUUAUGAAACCAUCAUUCAAAGAGAUGCCAGGAAAGUAGUUGCGUUACUGAAGAGGCAAUCAUUCACUGAAGACACACAGACUGAUGGAGAGAACGAAUCUUCUGCAAAGAAAGUUGCAAUCUGGCAAUUUGAGGAGGAGGAGCAGAAGAAAGAGGAGGAGGAGACUGAGGAGGAGAAGAAGGAGAAAAGGGAAGAGGAGGAGGAGGAGGUGAAGUGCCAUUACGACGACACAGCUGUACCCGAAUAUAGAUAUGUUCAGGAUAUCAUCGCCUCUCAGAUGGAAGAACUGAGAGAUGCCCGGGAGAGACUUCAUCGAUGCGUUAUCAUGAGAAACGCUAUGAGAGUGGCGGAGGAACUGAGGAGACAGUCCACGAGUGAUACGGAAGAGGAGGAGGCGGAGAAAGAAGAUGAGGAGGAGGUUGAGGAUCAGAACGAAGAAAAGGAAGAGGAAUCCGACAAGGAUGAGGAUGAUGAGAACGAGGGAGGCGAGGUGGAUGACCAUGAAGACGAAGAAGGAAAGGAAGAAGAGUCUAACAAAGAUAAUGAGGAUGAGGAGGAUGACGAUGAAGAUGACGGAGGAAAGGAAGAGGAGUCUAACAAAGAGAAUGAGGAGGAUAACGAUGAUGACGGAGGAAAGGAAGAAGAGUCCGACAAAGAUAAUGAGGAGGAUAACGAUGAUGACGGAGGAGGGGAAGAGGAGUCCAACAAAGAUAAUGAGAAGGAUAACGACGAUGACGGAGGAAAUGAAGAGGAGCCCAACAAAGAUAAUGAGGAGGAUAUUGAUGAUGACGGGGGAAAGGAAGAGGAGUCUGACAAGGAGAAUGAAAAUGAAAAGGAUGACGAGGAAUUCGAGGAGGAUGAAAAUGAAGGAGACGGAGGAAAGGACGAGGAGUCUAACAAAGAGAAUGAGGAGGAUAACGAUGAUGACGGAGGAAAGGAAGAGGAGUCCGACAAAGAUAAUGAGGAGGAUAACGGUGAUGACAGAGGAAAGGAAGAGGAGUCUGACAAAGAUAAUGAGGAGGAUAACGACGAUGACGGAGGAAAGGAAGAGGAGUCCGACAAAGAUAAUGAGGGGGAUAACGAUGAUGACGGAGGAAAGGAAGAGGAGUCUGACAAGGAGAAUGAAAAUGAAGAGGAUGACGAGGAAUUCGAGGGGGAGGAGGAUGAAAAUGAAGAAGACAGAGGAAAGGACGAGGAGUCUAACAAAGAGAAUGAGGAUGACGAGGACGAGGAAGACGAGGGGGAGGAUGACAAUGAAGAUGACGACAAGGACGAGAAGGAUGCUGAAAAUGACGAGAUUGAUGAGGAAGCGAAUCACGAAGUGGAGAAGGAGGAGGGAGAAGAGAAUGGAAAGAGCAAUGAGGAGGAGAAGGAUGACAAGAAAGACGAGAAGGGGCAGGAGUAG